AUGGGUUGUUCAAUAGCAUUAGUUUAAAAUCCUCCGACUGAUCCAGUGUCAUCUUUUUCAUCAGACGAUCUCUAAGAAAGUGAAGUAUCUUUACUUUGGAUCCACGACGAUGUUGCUUAAUUAAAAAUGAAUGUAGAAAAACAAAAAGAAUCUUACCCUGAAGACAACACACCUGCUGUGAAAAACUGGAUUAAAUGCCAAACCAUUUCCUUGAGGUCGAGCAAAUAAUCCGACUCUAAUUCAAAAAAAUCUUGUUUGAAAUCACAAAGCGUAACUCCACCACAUUCUUAACUUACAAAUACAAAGAAAGUGCAUUUCGUUCAACCCAAAUAGAAAAGUAAGCCGUUACAGAAUGGUACAAAGAAGAAGAACAAAAAGAAACUCUCGAGGUGGUCUGAAUAGCCUUUCUAGCGAAUCAAUUUGGAUGAUAUCUUUUGA